GCUGCAUCGCUCCUCCUCGUGUAAGGACUGGCCACGAAUUAUCAGCGAUUACCUCUCGCCGGGAGUCUUCUCCUCAACAACGGACGAGAGUGUUUCUCCCCCGUCGAGUAGUCGCGGAAAAGUCGACGACCGAAAUAUGGCAGCGCCACAAGCGUCAUCGCGUCUCGAGAUGCUGCAGGCCCGCUUCCAGCAGAAGCAGCUGCAGGAGAAGGAGCAGAAGCUGCUGCAGCUGUACGACCAGCAGCAGCAACGGGCCUAUCAGGUGGUGCAGCGCGGUAGCGCCGGUUCCAACGGCUCCAAUCAUGGCUCCACGAUUCGAACCACCACGACAACCCACUCGACCUCGACCUCGCAAGGUGGUAAGGUGAGGCAAAUGUUCGACGAGAGGCGGCAGACCACCGUGAAAGGGAUCGACAGGAGCUACCCGCUCGAGCCGCUGGAGAACAAGCUGCGAAAGCAAACUACGAGCACGAACGGCCUAGCGGCGCAGCGAAACGGCAAUCUGACGACGGUGAAUAGACAGUCCGUCAACGUGAAACGCGUGGCACGCGCGGACGUCAACAGCAACGUGAACGGCGGCAAACCCGUCGUCUCUUACCGCGAGGAAGUCACUCGCGAGUCAUUCGGCCCGUCCGUACACCGUCACGAUGACGAGGACGAAUUCGGCAGUGAGAACCGCGUCGCCACGUUCGCCAACGGACAUCAUCGUCACGAUCUUGAUAAUGAGGAUGAAGCGUUAGACCAGGAGACGAUGGAAAGAAAUCGCAUGAUGGCGAAGCUCCACCUGAUGGGAUUCGACGAGAGCUUGAAGCAUCGCGUGAGGAAUGACCUGGAUAGCGAGGAGUUCCCGGAGUACCUCAUGGUCGACGUACCCGACAAACUCCCGAAGAGAAACGUCACGAAGAAAUUGACACAGGCGGAGGCGCGACUCGAGCGAUUCAAGAACGCGAACGCGAAGAGGAGCAACAACAACGCGCUGAAACAGCCGAGUACGACCGGCGCCGCGUUUAAGAGGCGAACCGAACAGAUGUUGCCGGCUAGAUCGAAUUCCAGAGGGAGCGAGGCCGCCGACGGGGCUUCUUCGGGCAGCGCGAGAAGCGGAAGUAGCCGAGCAGCUCGGGAGCGCGGGAACCCGGACGUCGAGACGUACCGCCGGAGCGACAAUCCGCGAAGCUCCCCGGAGAAGAUCGGCACGGCAACUUGGAGAAGUUACCCGCCCGAUAAUUACUUCAAAUCGUUGACGUCCGACGGGAAAAUAAUCGCGAGGCGCGGCGCGAGUCCGCGGUUCCUCAGCGGAGAAUUCGGCAGAUCCGUUGACACCGGAUCGCCGUCGGCGGAUCGGCAGACGCGUGCAAGCCGGAGCACGAGUCCGGAAUUUCUCUGCGGAGAGGCUGAUCAAAGAGCCAGAGGAUCCACGAUGUCGUCGCGCAUUCGGGAAAUGUUGACGCAGCGAAACAGGCGAUUCGAGGGGAUCGCGACGAGCGUCGAUCGGGAAGGUAUCGACGCUAGAUCAGCGUCGGCCGAUCGACAAACACGCGAGACGCGCAGAAGCCGAAGCACGAGUCCGGAGUUCUUCUGCAGAGAAGACGAAAGAUCGGCUACGACCAUGAUGAUCGAUCGAAGAGGAUCUACGUCCUCGCGCGAUCGAGAAAUUUUCACGCAGCGAAGCAGCAGGCGAUCCGAGGAGACCUCGACGAGCAUCGACCGGAAGUACGCCGAGAUCACGCGCGACAAGCGCUCCCCGAGUCCGCAAUUUUUCCGCAGAGACUCCGAAAGAUCGGACGCGACUGUGAGCAUCAGCAAAAAUGUGGAUCUCAGGUCGACGGAUCGAGAAACGCGUGAGACACGUGCAAGCCGCAGCACGAGUCCGGAGUUCUUCCGCAGGGAAGACGAAAGAUCGGCCACGACCUUGAUGAUCGAUCGAAGAGAAUCGACGUCUUCGCGUGAUCGAGAAGUGUUAUCGCGGCAAAGCAGGCGAUCCGAGGAAACCUCGACCAGCAUCGACCGGAAGUACGCCGAGAUCGCGCGCUCCUCGAGUCCGCAAUUUUCUCGCAGAGACUCCGAAAGAUCGGACGCGACUGUGAGCAUCAGUCGCAAAAAUGUGGAUCUCAGAUCGGUGUCGGCGGAUCGAGAAACACGUGAGACACGUGCGAGCCGAAGAAGCACGAGUCCGGAAUUCUCCCGCAGGGAAGGUGAGAAAUCGGCGACGACCAUGACGGCCGAUCAAAGAGCCAGAGGGCAUACGAUGUCGUCGCAUAUUCGCGAAUUAUUAACGAAGCGAAACAGGCGAACCGGAGGAACCACGAGGAGCGUCGAUCGGAAGUACGCUGACACUACGCGCGACAAGCGCUCCUUGAGUCCGCCAUUUUUCCUCAGACAGUCCGGAAAGUCCAGCGCGCCUGUGAGCAUCGAUCGCAAAGGUAUCCACUUCAGAUCAGCGUCGGCCGAUCGGCAGACGCGCGGGACACGUACAGGUCGAAGUACGGGUCCGGAAUUCUUCCGCAAGGAAGGUGAAGGCUCGGCCACUACCGUCAUGUCGGAUCGAAGAAGAUCGACGUUCUCGCGUGAUCGGGAAGUAUCAACGCGGCGAAGCGGACGAUUUGAAGGAACCUCGAGGAGCACCGAUCGAAAAUAUGCCGAAACUACGCGCGAGAAGCGCUCCUCGAGUUCACCAUUCUCUCUCAAAGGUUCCGGGAGAUUCGGCGCGAGCGUGAACGUCAGCCGGAGAAGUAUCGACGCUAGAUCAGCGUCGGCCGAUCGAGAAACACGCGAGACAAGCCGAAGCACGGCUCCGGAGUUUUUCUGCAGAGAAGGCGAAAGGUCGGCCACGACCAUGAUGAUCGAUGGUAGAGAAUCAACAUCCUCGCGUGAUCGGGAAGUAUCAGCGCGGCGAAGCGGACGAUCCGAAGGAGUCACGACGAGCAUCGAUCGGAAGUAUUCCGAAAUUACGCGCGACAAGCGCUCCUCGAGUCCGCAAUUUCUCAGCAAAGAAUCGGAAAAAUCGACGACGCUGAUCGAACCAAAGUCCGCCGUAACGACGGACUCCGCGAAGAGCAUCUUAAAGCGGCGCAAGUACACUUUGGAUACUUCCUACAAACAAACCGUGCGGCCUUCGACGCAUUCGGGUAACAAAGGAGCUCGUUCUGCGCGAGUCAGGCAGCCUCCGAGUCCUCCGAUGAGCAAGAAUGUGGCGAAAAAGAAUUUGAAGAGAGGCGAGGCUUCCAGCGUGACCGUCAGAUCAGGCAGUCGUAAGUCAUCGAAGAUCUCGGACACCCUCGCCAGCUCGGCCAGCUCGAUCGUGAGCCUGAAGUACGGUCUGGAGUUCGACAAUAUCCUCCAAUCGGCGGGGUUGGUCCGCAAGUUCAUGAAGUCGCAGAACGGCGGGCAGCGCGAAGCUCAUCGUCGCUCGUCUUCGAAGCGCGACUUCAAGACGACCGGUGCACGGGCAGUGAAAGACGUUCAAGCGAGGAAUCGAUACGGAGUCUCCCGGCUCUCGCAGAAAUCGAGGUCGCCGUCCACCGACAGCAGGGAGCGAACCACGCCGGAGUACUCGCGUAAGAGCGUCACCCCGACGGAAAGCGACAUGGAAAUCCAGGAGAUCACCAUGACCGAUCAUCGCAUGGAGCGCUGCAAGCCGCGAAAAUCGCCGAGCCCGGAGCAGCCGGCGAGUCGGCUCGAUUCCCCGAACGUCGCCCUGAGGAAGAGAACUCCUCCGCGGAAAGACUACGGCCGGCGGCACGGCGCGAAGCCCAACACUCCGCCGCGAUAUUCGCCCUUGGGGAAAGUUACCCGCCACGGCGCCGGUACCACGAGGACUUCGUUCUCCCGAAGAGUCGUGGAUCAGAAAGCCGAUCGGAAUCUCGCGUCCAAGUACGGCACGUACACCAUCAAGGGUCGCGAACGCAAGGCUGCAUCGGUCGAGGCGAGGCGAGGAUCGCCGAGCUUGAGCGAGAAUAAGGCGAGGAGCAAAGCCGAGGGGUCGAGAGACACCGCGAGAACAGCCCCGAAGGCGAUGUUGACGCAACGGGGAGACGAUUCCGGCUCACCGUCGCUCCAGGAGUCGGCGUCACGGCGACUCGACUCUGCUGGAUCUCCCGAGCGUUUGACCCGAGCGUCUCCGGAAAUUUCCUUGCGGCUGAUGGACGUGCAAACGAGGGCUGCCUUGGCUGUCACCGAGGAACUAAAGGCUUUGACGAGAUCGACGGUGGACUCCAGCCGCAAAGUAGCGAGUGAUGUGACUUUGAGGUCGACUCUGCGAACUUCGACCGGCGAGGGCACAAGGGCCGGAAGGGUCGCGCGCAAAGGCGACUCCAGAGUGAUCCCGAGCAAGGAGAUUCGUUCUUCCAGGAGAAUAACGAAAACCUACCGAAGCUCGGUCGGAAGUAAGCCGAGCUCAACGCAGAGGCGAUCGCCGAUCUGCAAGCGGCAGCUGUUCGAGUCCACCUCAGAGAAGAAGGUCCACGGGGUGCAGACGAAUUGGCGUUUCACGGAAACGCGGAAUAAGGAGAAUUAUUCGAGCGCGAACGUUCGAUCCCGCGGAGACGGAGCGACGUCGGACGUAAAGUCCCUUGAGGAUCUCAGCGUUGCGAGGAGAUCAGAGGAACCGGAGGAGUUGCCGACGAUCUCCGUGAAAAAACUGCGAUCCAUCGAGGAUAUCCGGAAGUCGAUCGGUCAUCAUGAACGACCUCGCACACUGACCCCUGCGAAAAGGUCGAGGUCAGCGAUUGCAAACUGGCGUCCGUCGACGUUGCGAGAGGCCGGCGACGCGAGAAGAUCGAGCUCCGCGAGCGGCUCAGUGAGAUGCGUUUCUCUCAAGAAGGAGCCCGCGAGAUUAACUAAAAUUCAAUCCUGUGUAUCCAGGAUCGCGAAGAGCCCGAGUCCCGACGCGAGGAAGCAGCACGAAACGAACGCGCGAGCGACGCGGGGAAGCACUCCUUCGUCGCCCUCCAAGAGCCCCGAUAUACAAGUCGCUCCUAGGCGCGGACCCACGGAACCAAAGAGCCGAGACGCGCGAAGGCCGGUUGUCGCGAAAGCUGCGGAAUCGAUCGGAAGUAAAACGACAACCGAAACGGCGGACGACGCGAUCGACGAGGUCGACAAUGCCGUUCAGCAGGACGGUUCGCCGCGCGAAUCCUCGGCGAAGAAGUCCGACGCCUUUGUGAUCGACUUGGACGACCGAUCGAAAGAAAGCGACACGACGCCCCCGAAAAAAGCGACGUCGAUGAGGAGGUCCUCGAACGACAAAUACCAAGCAACCUCGAGCGCAUCGGGCCGACCGACCUCGUCUGUCUCGUCGAACGUCAGCAGCGCUGGCACGACGCAAAGUCCAGCUUCCGGCACGAAAAGGAGAAUGUCCACGAGAACCAGAAUGUCUGUUUCCAGGUCUGGAUCGCGGGCAAGGGAACUGGCCUCGGCGAAAAGCACCGGAAGUAACCCCGCGGAUGGUCGGAUAGCCUGCAACAUAUGCCAACGCAACUUCGCGCCGGAACGACUGGCCGAGCACCAGAAUGCCUGCGCGAGAAUGGCGAGCAGGAAGAAGAGGAAGCCGUACGACGCGAUGAAGGCCCGCCUCACUGGGACCGAGCUCGAGCCCUUCUUGAAAAAAAGCGUGGUGCCGGCCGCGAAGAAGCCGGAGGUCAAGUCGAACUGGCGGCGCAAGCACGAGGAAUUCAUCCAGACGAUUCGCUCCGCCAAAAUGGUGCAGUCGCACUUGGCGGCAGGCGGCAACCUGAAGGAUUUGCCGCCACCCCCGCCCAGCGACACCAGCGACUACAUCCAAUGUCCGCACUGUUCCAGGAGGUUCAACCAGGCGGCAGCGGAACGGCACAUUCCUAAGUGCGCGAAUAUGCGACAUAACAAACCGGCGCACGCACGAGCGGCGAAAACGCGGCGCUAGCGAAGAAUCACCGAGCGCGACCACGGCCCCGGUGUUUUCCUCGCGAAUCGGAAUUUCUUCUCCAUAAAGGUAGUCGCUCGCUGACAAAUUACGCGUAGUCGGCGCAGAUGGACGCGCCUUACAUCCGAAUAAUUGGAAAUCCUCGGGCCGAUAGAUGUUUCUCUCUCGACCUCGAGCGUAAGUCGAGAAAACGGCGAGCUCGAAGAGCUCGUCUUCGAAGCGUCCUUUGAAUUCAUAUUCUUCAGAAAUAAAGAUCAGAAGAAGAAGAGCUCAUUAUGAUCUCUCUCUUUCUGCGUAAUUUCGUGAUGAAUAAUUUCCGUUCCGUUCAAUCUCCGUGAAAACGUAAGAUACAAUUUGCAAAUUGAAACCUUAAAAUACGAAUCGCUGCGAUUAUUAAUAGGAACUUCGCCGGAGCUGAAGAGCUGUAAUAAAACGAGCGAGUGCACAUCGCAUUAAUGAUCACGGUAAUUAUGUAUAUUAACACCUGGCGGCGGCGUGCGCAGUCGCAAGUGCGAGAUAAUUUAGCAGCCGCAUCGAUAGGCAAUUUCAACGUUUGAAAUCAGGUAGAGACACGCCGAUAACGAAUGUCGCUUUCUACUCGUAUGGAAGACUACCGUCGUUCAACCGGGGGCUUUGACUAACUGUGGAUCAGAUUUUCUAUCGUCGCGUUGAUUUUUCUAUGCAUUAUAAUCGAGCGCAAUUUUUAUAACCGCAAUAAUCAUGUACGACACGAGCGCUGAUGAUGUACGUGAAAUAAAUGUGUUAUACAGCACGAAUGGCAAUAAAAGAACAAAAAAAAGA